AUGUUAAAGAAGCUAAAGCAUAGUUUGAACGAUGGCACUCAGGCGCUGCUGGGCCCCAACAUCGCACUGCUGCGGCUGGCGGGGCUGUACCUGCCGGCGGGGCGGGGCGCGCGCGCCGGGUGCCUGCUGCUGCACGCGCUGGGCACCGCGUUCAUAGUGCUGCAGUACGUGGAGCUGUACUUCAUCAGCGACGACCUGCACCUCGUCGUGCUCACGCUCAAGAUCAACAUGGUCAGCACCAACGUGGUGAUGAAGGCGUUCUGCUACGUCGUGUUCAAGCGGCGCUGGCGCGAGCUGCUGCGGUACGUGGCGGCGGCGGACGAGGCGGAGCGCGCGCGGCCCGCCGCCGCCGCCGCCGUGCGCCGCUACACCGCGCUGAGCCGCCGCGUCACCGCCGCCUUCUGCACGCUCAGCGCCCUCACCGGCGUCACCGUGGUGCUCGGGCCCUACAUCAAGUGGCUGUCGGAGCGGUACCUGGACGGCGCGCCGCACCCCGCCGUGGACCUCAUCUACCAGGCCUACGUGCCGUGGGACAAGACGACCCCGCGCGGGCGGCUGCUCGCCAAUAUCUGGUUCGCGCUAGGCACGCUGUACGGCUGCACGGUGUUCACGGCGUUCGACGUGGCGGCGGUGGUGCUGAUGCUGUUCCUGGGCUGCAAGCUGCAGCUGCUGGCGGCGCGCUGCGAGCGGCUGUUCGCGCCUGCACCCGCCCCCGACCGCUUCUGGGAGACCGUGCGCGAGGUGCACACUGAACACGUCCUGCUCAUCAAGUACUCGCGGGUGUUCAACUCGCUGGUCUCCCCGGUGAUGUUCCUGUACGCGCUGCUCUGCUCGCUCAUGCUCUGCACCACCGCCUUCCAACUCACUUCCAUGCCGAUGAAUAUAACAGAAAAGAUCAUGACGGUCGAAUAUCUGAUAUUCGGCGUGGCGCAGGUGUUCAUGUUCUCCUGGUUCAGCAACGACGUACUGUGGAAGAGCCAGCAAGCCUCGUAUGGAGUGUACUGCAGCGCGUGGCCAGACGCGUGGCCGACGGCGGCGGGGGUGGCAGCGGGGGCUGCGGGGGCAGCGGGUGCGGGGGUGGAGGCGGCGGCGGGGGUGGCAGCGAGGGUGGCAGCGGGGUCGGCGGGGGCGCGGCGCGAGGCGGCGGCGCGGCGGCAGGCGCUGCGGCUGCUGGCGGGGCAGCUGGCCACGCCGGUGCGCUUCACCGCCGGGCCCUUCGCCGACCUCACGCUCGCCAACUUCAUCAACAUACUCAAAGGAGCCUACAGCUACUACACAUUACUUAAAGAUUAAUCUUUAAACAAAUAGUUAAGUAUUUUGUUUGAUUAGAAAAAUAAAAAAAAUCAAGUUUCUUACCUCUUUUUGUAAUGAGGAAUUUUCAACCAUACACAACAACUUCUACAAAAAACUGCCUAUAUAAAUGGCGCUAG